GUCGGUCGCCCAGUACAACGUUUACAAGCUCUUCGCUCACUAACCUUUUCUACACAUUCCAACAUCCCACCAUGCACUAGCUUGGGUCCUUUGACCCGGUGCAUUGUGCUAAACAUCCGGGCUAAGUGCGGUAUUGUAGGGAAGAUGGCGGCUUUGGUCAUCCCUACAGACUGGAUCAAAAACUGGGAAAAAUCAGGAAAAAAUGAGUUUUUACAGUUAUGUCGGAAUCUUGCAGACCAGCCUAAUGAUGACGUGAUGCUAAGAAACAUCCAGGCCGCCCUGUACGAGCUCUCCUGGCACGUCAUCCGUGGGAGCCUGAAGUUGGAGCUGGCGGCCAGCAUUCUGGGGGAUGUUGUGGAAUUACGUGAAGACAUGGCAUCCAUUUUAGCUGAUGUGUUCUGUAUAUUAGAUAUUGAGACUGCCUGUUUGGAGGAAAAAAACAAGCGAGACCAUUUUACUCAGCUGGUGGGAGCAUGUCUGUUCUUUGUGCCGGACGCGGUGCUGAAGGAGCGCCUGGACCCGGAGUCGCUGGAGUCCCUGGGCCUCAUCAAGCAAGCGCAGCAGUUCAACCAGAAGAUCGUGAAGAUCAAGACCAAGCUGUUUUACAAGCAGCAGAAGUUCAACUUGCUUCGGGAGGAGAACGAGGGCUACGCCAAGCUGGUCACGGAGCUGGGACAGGACUUGUCGGGGAACGUCACCAGCCACCUCGUCCUGGAGAGCAUCAAGUCCCUGAUCGGGUGCUUCAAUCUGGACCCCAACCGCGUGCUGGACAUCAUCCUGGAGGUGUACGAGUGCCGCUGCGAGCAGGACGAGUUCUUUGUGCCCCUCAUCAAGUCGUACAUGUGCGAGCACCAGACCCUCUGCCACAUCCUGGGCUUCAAGUUCAAGUUCCAUCAGGAGCCCAACGGGGAGACGCCGUCGUCACUGUACCACGUCGCUGCCACACUUCUCCAGCACAACCUCAUCGAGCUGGAGGACCUCUACGUGCACCUGAUGCCCCCGGACUCCACCAUCGUGGAGGAGCACAAGGGCGAGAUCCUGGAGGCCAAGCAGAUCGCCCGCAAGCUGACCAUGGUGGUGGUGCCGUCCGAGAAGAGCGAGGACAAGGACAAGGAGAAGGAGAAAGAGGAGGAGAAAAACGACAAGCCCCCCGAUAACCAGAAGCUGGGCCUGCUGGAGGCCCUGCUGAAGAUCGGGGACUGGCACCACGCCCAGAGCAUCAUGGAGCAGAUGCCCGCCUUCUACGCCACCUCGCACAAGGCCAUCGCCGUGGCGCUGUGCCAGCUGCUGCACCUGACCGUGGAGCCGCUGUACCGCAGGGCUGGGGUCCCCAAAGGGGCCAAAGGGCGCCUGAUGAAGCCGCUGCGGAACAAGAGGGCCCCGCGCCCGGCCGAGGCGUUCGAGGACCUGCGGCGGGAGGCCUUCAGCAUGCUGGGGUACCUGGGCCCGCACCUCUCCCACGACCCCAUCCUCUUCGCCAAGGUGGUGCGGCUCGGCAAGGGCUUCAUGAAGGAGUUUCAGAAUGAGAACAGACAGGACCACAAAGAGAAAAUGGACACCUUGCUGAGCUGUUUCCUCAGCAUCGCGGAUCAGGUCCUGCUGCCCUCGCUCACCCUGAUGGACUGCAACGCCUGCAUGUCCGAGGAGUUGUGGGGCUUCUUCAAGCUCCUCCCCUACCAGCACAGGUAUCGGCUGUACGGCCAGUGGAAGAACGAGACCUACAUCGGCCACCCGCUACUGGUCAAGGUCAAAGCGCAGACCGUGGACAGGGCCAAAUACAUCAUGAAGCGCCUGACCAAGGAGAACGUGAAGCCUUCCGGACGGCAGAUCGGCAAGCUGAGCCACAGCAAUCCCACAAUCCUCUUUGACUACAUCCUGUCUCAGAUCCAGUGGUACGACAACCUGAUCACGCCGGUGGUGGACUCCCUGAAAUACCUCACCUCGCUCAGCUACGACGUGCUGGCCUAUUGCAUCAUCGAAGCCCUGGCCAAUCCUGAGAAGGAGAAGAUGAAGCACGACGACACCACCAUCUCCUCCUGGCUGCAGAGUCUGGCCAGCCUCUGCGGUGCUGUUUUUAGGAAAUACCCCAUCGAGCUGGCGGGCCUGCUGCAGUACGUGACCAAUCAGCUGAAGGCGGGAAAGAGCUUUGAUCUGCUGAUCAUGAAGGAGGUGGUGCAGAAGAUGGCCGGCAUCGAGAUCACGGACGAGAUGACGAUGGAGCAGCUGGAGGCCAUGACGGGAGGGGAGCAGCUCAAAGCGGAGGGUGGCUACUUCGGCCAAAUCCGGAACACCAAGAAGUCCUCCCAGCGCCUGAAGGACGCGCUGCUGGACCACGAGCUGGCCCUGCCCCUCUGCCUGCUGAUGGCCCAGCAGAGGAACGGGGUGGUCUUCUCCGAGGGCGGCGAGAAGCACCUCAAACUGGUGGGCAAGCUCUACGACCAGUGCCACGACACCCUGGUGCAGUUCGGCGGCUUCCUGGCCUCCAACCUGAGCACGGAGGACUACAUCAAGCGGGUGCCCCCCGUGGACGUCCUGUGCAACCAGUUCCACACGCCGCACGACGCCGCCUUCUUCCUGUCCCGCCCCAUGUACGCCCACCAGAUCCUGUCCAAGUACGACGAGCUGAAGAAGGCGGAGAAGGGCAACCGGCAGCAGCAGAAGGUGCACAAGUACAUGGCGGCGUGCGAGCUGGUGAUGGGGCCCGUGCACGAGGCCGUGGUGUCCCUGCACCUGCCCAAGGUGUGGGACGACCUGCGGCCGCAGUUCUACGCCACCUUCUGGUCCCUCACCAUGUACGACCUGGCCGUGCCCCACAGCGCCUACGACCGCGAGGUCAACAAGCUCAAGGUGCAGAUGAAGGCCAUCGACGAGAACCCCGAGAUGCCCUUGAACAAGAAGAAGAAGGAGAAGGAGCGGUGCACGGCGCUGCAGGACAAGCUGCAGGAGGAGGAGAAGAAACAGCUGGAGCACGUCCAGAGGGUCCUGCACCGGCUUAAACUGGAGAAGGACAACUGGCUGCUGGCCAAGUCCACCAAGAACGAGACCAUCACCAAGUUCCUGCAGCUCUGCCUCUUCCCGCGAUGCAUCUUCUCAGCCAUCGACGCCGUGUACUGCGCCCGAUUUGUGGAGCUGGUGCACCAGCAGAAAACCCCCAAUUUCUGCACUCUGCUCUGCUACGACAGAGUGUUCUCUGACAUCAUCUACACGGUGGCCAGCUGCACGGAGAACGAGGCUCGGCGGUACGGGCGCUUCCUGUGCUGCAUGCUGGAGACGGUGACCCGGUGGCACAGCGACCGCGCCAUCUACGAGAAGGAGUGCGGCAAUUACCCAGGGUUCCUCACCAUCUUCCGAGCGACGAGCUUCGACGGCGGGAACAAGGCGGACCAGCUGGACUACGAGAACUUCAGACACGUCGUCCACAAGUGGCACUACAAGCUGACUAAAGCCUCCGUGCACUGCCUGGAGACGGGCGAGUACACGCACAUCCGCAACAUCCUCAUCGUGCUGACCAAGAUCCUGCCCUGCUACCCCAAGGUGCUGAACCUGGGCCAGGCCCUGGAGUGCCGCGUCCACAAGAUCUGCCAGGAGGAGAAGGAGAAGAGGCCUGACCUCUAUGCGUUGGCUAUGGGCUACUCAGGGCAGUUGAAAGGCAGGAAAGUGCACAUGGUCCCCGAGAACGAGUUCCACCACAAGGAGCAGCCGGUGCGCAGCGCCACGCCCGCCAGCCUGCAGAACGGCCCGGGCAGCGCGGGCAAACCCGCUCCUGCCGCCGCUAACGCCGGCAAGCCGGACGAGGGCGCCGCCGACGACGCGGAUAAGUCCAAGGAGAAAUCUCAGGGCCUCGUGAAACCCGCCAGCAAAACCAACAACGCGACGACCAAAGUGGCCACCAGCAACGGGAGCAGUGCUCCUAGCAGCAACAAAAACAUGAAAGAGAAGGAAGACAAAGAGAAAAGUGGGAAGGAGAAGAAGGAGAAGAAGGAGAAGACGCCCGGCAGCACCCCCGAGGCCAAGGCCGGCGGGAAGGAGAGGCAGAAGGAGGAGCGGUCCGCCAAAGACGAGAAGACGCGCGACGGCAAGGAGAAGACGCCCAAGGCCGACAAGGACAAGCCCAAGAAGGACGAGAAGAGCAAGGAGGACAAGGCCAAGACCGGCGGCGGCGGCGGCGGCGGCGGCGCGUCCGACAAGGAGUCCUCCAAGGAGCGAGACGUGGCCAAGGAGAACUGCAAGGGAGAGAAGAACACCCAGGCUGGGUCCUUGAAGUCGCCCGUUCCCAGGUCCGACGCGGCCGAGACCGAACGGGAACAAAAGAGACGAAAGCUGGACACCCACUCUUCGCCGUCACACUCCUCCGCGGUUAAGGACAGUCUCAUCGAACUCAAGGAUUCCGCCUCAAAGCACUACGCCAACCACAACACAGCCACACAGUCCAAAAGCAAAGAGACGGAGACCGACAAGAAAGACUCAGAGAAAUCCAGAGCCCGCUCCAAAGAAAAAGAAAAGAAAGACGACAAAGACAGGAAGGACAGAAAACGAGACUACUCGAACAGCGACCGCGAGAUGAGUCAGGAACUGAAGCGGAGGAAAGACGAGAACGGAACGAGCUCCUCCAAACACAACAAGAGCGCCAGCCCGUCCGACUCCCCGCGCUCCAACGACAAGGGCAAGAGCUCCAAGUCCUCCAGCAAGGAGAAGGGAGACCUGACCAAGGCCCAGAAAAACUCUUCAGCAGGCAAAAAGGAGUCCAGGCAUGACAAAGACAAAUCUGAAAAGAAAGAGAAGAGGGACAGCACGGGGGCGAAAGAAGACAAGAAGCACCAUAAAUCCUCAGACAAGCACAGAUGAUGCCCGCUGACGCAGCAAAGAAUUCUCUGCUGUGGGCUGCAACACGCUAGGGAACUGCUUUCACCCACCACACGCGUACCACACCAGCUUUUAAUUUCCCCGUUUCCCCCCCUACAAUCACCAUCUAAAAAGAGGACCCAUCGAAAUAUCUAAGAAAUAUGCCUGCAUAGACUUUUUUUUUUGUUGUACUGCCUAGAUAUGUUCUAGUCCUUGUGUUUCAACUUGCCAUUUUGGUUUUCUUACUGUGUAUUUUCAGUAACCAGCUGAAAGUCUCUUUAUUUUGAAUAUUAGCACAAUGUGCUGAUCACAUGAGUGUAAUUUGAAUACAAACAGGUAUUGAACUCCCCCUCUUCCUGUCUUCAGGCCUGCGUAAGUUUGUCUACCUACUUUCUCGAGUAAAACAUCAGAGGGUUUUUUUAGUCAGGCUUUUUUAAAAGAAAAAAAAAAUGCAAUUAAUACCUUUAGCAUCUCUGCAUUUACCUCAAUUAGAUCGCCAUUUUUAUUUAUUUUGUUCUCCUUUUAAUCCACGUUCGUGAUAUUUAGGCAUAGAUAUUUGGAACAAUACAAAUGGUCUAUUUGUAUAUUAUGUACACAAUAAUAAAAAUGGUUUCAUGUAAAAUCCUUAUGUUACACUCAUUUCAGAUGUCCCUCGCUGAAUGUUUUUUUUUCUUCUGUAUGCGUGUUAAUCACGUUUUUAAAAUGAUUUGUAUAAAUUGAAAAAUCUGCAUUUCCUCAUGAGGCAAAUGGAUGGACUGUAAAACUUGGGAAGCUUUGUACCGCAAAACAUUAGUCACACAAACUUUCAGAGCGACUUUUUGGAGUUUUUAAUCUGCUGUAUUCUGCCAGUGUAUGCUUUUUUUCUAAAUAAAUGAUAGUUUUCUUAGUGGGUCAUAAA